AUGACAAGUCUAGACGACCUGUUCAAAAGCCACGCUGGCACGAAACGCAAGUUCGAGAACCCCAUCGAGGCCGAUCCGUCGCAAGCGUACAAAACCGUGAAACUGCAAGGGAAUGACGACGUCAAGCAGUCGGCGCAAGCAGAGGACGAAGAGGACGAUGAUGAGGCUGGUCCUGCGCUGCCGCCAGACUUGGAGGACGAGGGGCCUGGCGACGACGAGGAAGGGAGAUUCUUUGGCGGCGGGCUGGACGAGAAUGCGAAAGACGCCAUGGACUUCCUGGACGCACAAGACGGAGAAGACACGAUGAGGGAGGAGAAGUACGACGCGGCGUGGGUGCGCAAACUUGCGCGCGACUUCGAGAAGAAGGUCAACAAGAAUGCUUCGCUGCGCGCAAAGUACGAGAGCGAUCCUACAAAGUUCAUGGAGUCGGAGGGCGAUUUGGACGACGGGACAAAGGAUCUCAGCAUUCUUUCCGAGCAUGCAGAGCUGUACGAGGAGUUUGCGACGAGCACAGCAGCGGCGAAGCUGGUCGAGCUGCUGGCGCACGAGAACACAGACAUUGCGAUUGGCGCAACGGGGAUCAUAUCAGAGCUCACAGACGAGGAUGUGGCGGCAGAACAGGAGCAAUGGGACGCGCUGGUCGCAGCCUUCUUGGAAGCCGAUUUGCUCAGCUUGCUCAUCUCGAACUUCUCGCGCUUCGACGAAGCCGACUCGACCGAUGCUUCUGGUGUAUACCACUCUCUCAGCGUCAUCGAGAACCUCCUGUCGCAGCCCUCGAAUACAGAUAUGAUAGGGAAGGAGAAGGCGCUUCUUGCAUGGCUGCUCGAGCGCAUACAAAAACCCGAAAAGCCCACCACACAGAACAAGCAAUACGCCUCCGAGAUCCUCUCCAUCCUCACGCAAUCCUCGCGGCCAAACCGAAAUAUCGUCGCCGAAGCCAACGGAGUCGAAGUCCUCCUCACCAGCCUCGCGCCCUACCGACGAGACGACCCCGAAAAGGACAGCGACGAGGAGGAAUACAUGGAAAACCUCUUCGGCGUGCUGACCUCGGUAGUCGAAGAGCCUAUCGGCAAGGCCAAAUUUCUCGAAGCCGAGGGCACAGAGCUCUGUCUCCUCCUCGUGCGCGACGGCAAGACAAGCAAAAACCGCGCCCUCAAAGUGCUAGACCACGCGUGUGGCUACGCAGAAGCACCGGCACAAGACGGGGCCAGCGCAGACGGAGCCACACAGCCACACAUUGCCGUGUGUGAGAAGCUCGUCGAAGCGCGCGGCUUAAAACCGCUCUUCAGCACAUUCAUGAAAACGAAGCGUCCCGACCCGGUCCAAACAGAACACAUCCUCGCCCUCUUCUCUUCCCUGCUACGCAGCCUCCCAGGGAACAGCGACGCGCGCUUCCGCCUGCUCGCCAAGUUCCUCGAAAACGAGUACGCCAAGAUCACAAAGCUCCUCGCCCUGCGCCGCGACUACUCCACGCGCCUCGCGGCCUUCGACCACUCCCUCGAAAGUCGCAAGUCCGGACUGACUCGGGAAGAGAGGGCGGAGAUGGAGCUCGAAAACAUCCCGCUCAGACUGAGCGAGGGCUUGUACGCGCUGCAGCGCAUCGACGCCACGUUGGCAUGGCUCGUGGCCGAGGACGAUGGCGCCAAGGCGGCUAUCGUCAAGGGCCUUGCGGAGACUGAUGAGUCGCUGGAGGGCGUCAAGGGGACGCUGAAGGCGCAGCUCGAUGGAGCGCUGGAGGUUGAGGCUGCGGAGCGCGAAGUGCUGGAGGCGCUCGUUGGGUUCUUGGACUAG